AUGCGUCAUGAUUUCUGGGACGAGAAAACUACGUACUAUGGGCCGAGAAGACAUUCUUCUCCUGCAGGACAAAGGAAACGUAGCCGGCGUGCGGGACUUUUAGGGAUCGCAGUCUGCUUUCUCGUUGUCUACCAAUUUCUCUUGCCGCAGCAAAACGAGACCACUGUCCAUCCACAAGGCGCCAACGAUACAUCUAGCUCUGGGUUGUCCUCUGCACAGCAAAUUUCUCAAGGCGCCGAAACACCAUUGUGCCCGGAAUCGCCAAUCGCAAACGAUGUCCUGGUAGUUCUUCGAACAGGGGCGACAGAAGCCCUUGAGAAGCUACCGGUUCACUUCGAGACAACACUUCGUUGCGUGCCAGACUAUAUCGUCUACUCAGACCUCAAAGAGGAGAUCCAAGGCCACCAGAUCCACGACGUUUUUGAAGGAAUCAGCGACGAGCUUAAAGCUUCCGCACCAGAGUUCAAACUCUACGACCAUCUCCGCACACAUGGCAGGGAGGGUUUGAAAAACACCACGCAUCUAGGAAGUGGCCCAGGUGGUGCGCUGGAUAACCCUUCAUGGAAACUUGAUCGUUUCAAGUUUCUCCCCAUGGUAGACAAGGCUCUGCUGUACCGUCCUAAUGCGAAGUGGUUCGUGUUCAUCGAAGCGGAUACUUACAUGGUUUGGCAAAAUAUGCUCGAGUACCUGCGCCAGUUCGAUCCCGACCAGCCGUUAUACAUCGGAAAGCACAUGUACAUUGGACAAACCUUGUUCGCUCAUGGAGGGUCUGGGUUCGUCUUGUCGUCCGCUGCUAUACGAAAAGUAACUGAACAACGAAAUGCCAACCUCGCCGAAUAUGACGAGUUCACAACCAAAAGCUGGGCGGGUGACAUGGUACUAGCCCAGGCCUUGAAAGACGUUAAUGUAGACUUGUUUGGGGCAUUCCCCCAUUUCCAAGGCGAUCCAGUUUCAUCACUCGACCACAAUGUAACGAAGCUCGACAAAACACCCUGGUGUUACGCGCCGAUCACCUACCACCACAUGCGGCCAACCGAUAUCCAAAGCCUAUGGACCUUUGAGCAAACACGUCAGCAAAUUGGCAAGACCCCACCCCUCCACCGCGAUGUCUUCCAGGAAUACAUACUCCCCCAGCUCUAUGCCGAAGUUGAUGACUGGGAUAACCUAUCUAUGGACGUAGAGGUUGACGACACCGGCCCCUUUGAGGCAUGCGAGUUACUCUGCCAUUCCAAACCAACCUGUCUCCAAUUCUCCUAUGCCGCAGGGAAAUGUUCGACGUCUACGAAAGUCGUGCUCGGUGAAAGUGCAAAGAUGCGAUGUGUGGAGUAUUCUGAUGCGGCGAGUAAAUGUAUUCGCUGGCAAGAGGGCACACAAUUUGCUGGCUCGAUUCAGUCUGGGUGGAUGAUGGAUCGGCUUGAGCAGUAUGUGAUGGAAAUGGAUAGUACGUGCGCUGAUGAGGUGAAGUGGGUUAUUUGA